AUGAACCCCCAGCACACUGCACCCACCAUCGUGGACGACGGCUUCGUUCUGUGGGAGUCUCGCGCGAUCUCCAAAUACUUAGUUGACAAGUAUAGUAAAGGCAACGCUCUUUACCCUGUAGACGUUCAAGCGCGUGCGGUCGUUGACCAAAGACUGGACUUUGACCUGGAUACUCUUUACGGCAGAUUCACAGAGUAUUAUUUUAAGUACUUCUUCGAAGGGAAACCGCUGGAAGAGUCAGGUUUGAAAAAGAUACAGGAGGCGCUUGGUUUCUUAGACACGUUCCUAGCGAACACCAAGUACGUAGCUGGCUCGGAGCUGACGUUAGCUGAUUUAGCUCUGUUUGUUACUGUGUCAUUCAUAGAAGCCGGCAACAUCAGCGUGAAGGAAUACCCCAAUAUUGUCAGAUGGUAUGACCUCGUGAAAUCAACAGCACCCAAGUUAGCAGCUAUAAAUGACAAACAUCUGAAAGACUUCAUAGAUUUCUUUGAUGGUCUGGCGAAGAAAUGA